AGACUGAAAUACUGAUAGCUGUAGGUCCCUUUAACUCGACUCACAAGUAACUCGUGGUCGGUUCUGUCCCGCAUUCUGGCAGUUGAAUCACUAACGGACCAGAUCGAGCACGAAUUUAUUAGCCUCACCUCUUCGGCUUGAUAACUUCUUACAUAUCCGACUAUUUAAAAGUGAAUUUUGCAAACUCGGUAGCUAGCGAUCGAGGUCGCCCUCAGAGGCAUUGUUUCCAUGUUUGGCAGGUACCUGGGACAAAGCUAGUAGCCACACCGCGAGAGGACAGUUUAUCCAAGUUUAUUAGAAAUAUUAACUGUAACAGUCAAAACAGAUUAACAGAAGGUGAUAGCUGUGAAUUAUCGAGAUGACAGAGGAACUUGAGGAAAUUCUCUUAAGGCUGACACAGCCUGACAAUGCGGUUAUCCACCAGGCCACAGCCCAGCUGAAACAGGCUUUCGAGGACCCAGCUAUUAUACCAGCCCUGUGUGAUGUCAUGGGUGGCUCCCGAAACCCCCAGAUCCGUCAGUCAGCUGCAGUGAUGCUGAGGUUGAGAGUGAAGAAACACUGGAAGAAGAUUAGCCCUAAUGACAGAGAGAGCCUUAAGGUGGUGGUGUUGCAGGCCUUCAUGCGAGAAACAGAGCACACAGUGCAGCACUCGCUCUCCCAGCUGUGCGCAGUGAUGGUUAAACAUGAGACACCAGAACGCUGGCCUGCCCUGCUGCAGCUCCUCAAUCAGUCCACCAAGAGCAGCAACCCUCAUGACAGACAGGUUGGACUUCUGCUGCUGAAUAAGGUGAUGGAUUCCAACCCUGAGCCUUUCAAGCCUCACUACUGCCAGCUGCUGCAGCUUUUUAGUGCUGUACUGCAGGACCACAACAACCCAACAGCCCUGUACUACUGCAUCCUCACCCUCACAGCCAUAACUGCAUACACUGGUUCAGAAGAGAUGAACCAGAUGCGUUCUAUCAUCCCAAGUCUGAUUGUUGCUCUGAAACACCUCAUCCAGGCAGAUCAGGACCAAGCCGGUGAGGCCAUGGAGGUGUUUAAUGAGCUCAUGGAUAGUGAGGUGUCCAUCAUCAUCUCUCAUGUUUCUGACAUUGUCCACUUCUGUUUGGAGGUGGGCAGUGACACCACACUGAAUGACUCUGUGCGGGUGAAAGCUUUCUCUUGCAUCGCCUUCCUCAUCAAGUUGAAGAGCAAGACUGUGCUGAAGCAGAAGCUGCUGAACCCCAUCCUGCAGGCCAUUUUCCCGGUACUUAUUGCAGCUCCCCCACCCGGUGAGCAGGAUCCAGAGGACGACGAGGAUGACAGUGGGGAUGGCACAGACAAUGAAAAUCCCAAACACUGUGCUGCACAGAUUAUUGACACUAUGGCACUCCAUAUGCCUCCAGAGAAACUGUUCCAACAACUGAUGCCCCUCACUCAGGCCUGCCUUACCAGUGAAAACCCCUAUCAGAGGAAGGGGGGUCUUUUGUGUCUUGCUGUGCUGGCUGAAGGAUGUGCCGACCACAUACGCACCAAGUAUGUUCAAAUGUUCUUAAUUAGGGUCGAAUACUUGAAUACGAAUAAUUUGUCUGUUUUUCACUCCGUUACCAUCUCUGCUUUCUAGCCUGAAGUGAGUAAGUACUGUGCAGAGUUGAUGCCUUUGCUGUUGGGAUACCUUUCAUCCUUGAAUCAUGCCAAGGUUGGCCACGUCACCAAGGCCUUUUAUGCCCUAGAGAACUUCAUGGAGAACCUAGGAUCAGAUAUUGAGCCCUACCUGCCCACCCUGAUGGACACUAUGUUGUCUACCCUCAACAACACUGAAAACCUCAAGAUAAAAGAGCUUGCUGUGUCUGCUAUAGGUGCCAUAGCCAAUGCUGCCAAAGAGUUGCUGGUUCCCUACUUCCCUCCAGUUAUUGAAGGUCUUAAGGGCUUCUUGGGCACUACCACAGAGGAAAUGAGGUCUCUACAAACUCAGUCCUUGGAUACCCUCUCUGUGCUGGCCCGUACCAUUGGCAAAGAUGCCUUCAGUCCUCUUGCUGCAGAGUGUGUUCAGCUGGGCCUCAACCUUACUGACACCAUUGAUGACCCUGACCUGAGACGCUGCACAUACAGUCUAUAUUCUGCAGUAUCCACGGUCAGCCCUGACUGCCUGACUCCUCACCUCACUGCCAUUACAACAGUCAUGCUUCUCGCCCUAAAGUCUAAUGAAGGCAUCACGGCACAUCUUGAGGAGGACAAGACAUUUAUCCUGCUGGAUGAUGACGAUGAGCAUGACAAAGAUGAAGUAAAAGAUGUAGAUGAUUUUCUGGAAGAUGAGACUGAGACAGAUGUCCACAAUGUUGCAGGAUUCAGUGUUGAGAAUGCCUACAUUGAUGAGAAGGAGGAUGCCUGUGAUGCACUGGGAGAGAUAGCCUUCAACACAGGUGCUGCCUUUCAUGCCUUCCUGGAGUCCAGCUUCCAGCAGGUUUACGAGAUGAGAGAUUUUCCCCAUGAGGGCGUCCGCAGGGCAGCAUUUGGAGCCAUGGGCCAGUUUUGUCAAGCUCAGCACAAAGGGUGGAAGGAGAGUCCCACUGAGGCCAACCACCAGGCCCUACUAAAGUUGCUGGACAUGGUGCUUCCUUGCUUGGUUGAGACAGUUCGGACAGAGCAUGAGCGCCAGGUUGUGAUGGCUGUCCUGGAAACCAUGAACAAUGUCAUCAAGUCCUGCAAGGAGGAGGUUUUCAAAAAUCCUUUACACCUUAAGGAGAUCAGCUAUGUCAUCCGUGAUGUGCUCAAGAAGAAGACUGUUUGUCAGGAUGGUGGUGGUGAUGAAGUGGAUGAUGAAGACCAACAGGCGGAGUAUGAUGCCAUGCUUCAGGAGUUUGCUGGGGAGGGAAUCCCCCUGCUGGCCUCUUCUGUCCCUGCAGACAACUUUGCCCCUUUCCUCAAUGACCUGCUGCCUCUCAUCAUGAGCAAAGCUAAAUCCUCAUGCUCAGUGGCAGACCGCUCCUUCUCUGUGGGUACUAUUGGAGAAAUCCUGCAGGCCCUUGUGAAUGUAUCAGGGGGCAGAGGAGUGGCAGGCCAACUAUCCAAUCGGUUGCUUCCUGUGCUGGUAGCUGGAGUGAAGGACAGUGAUCCUGAGGUUCGCAACAAUAGUGUGUUUGGACUGGGAUGUCUGGCUCAGGCAGCUGGACCCAUCGUUGUAUCAGACUAUCCCAUGAUGCUGUCUGUGUUUUCCAACCUGAUGGCCAAAGAGUCAGACCUCAGGGUGAUUGACAACCUGUGUGCUGCCCUUUGCAGGAUGAUCAUGAGUAAUAAGGAUACUGUCCCUCUGGAGCAGGUUGUGCCUGCUCUGGUAGCUCGUCUUCCCCUUAAAGAGGACUUGGAGGAGAACAAGACAGUGUUCAGUUGCCUGGCUAUGCUCUACACACACAGUCCUGCUCUGAUUGUGAAGCUAAUGAAGCCUAUAGUUGCCGCCUCCAGUCAUGUGCUGGGCACCAAGAACGUUGAUAAAGAAACCCAAAACAGUGUGGCCAUGCUGAUGAAAGAAUUUGCCCAGCACCACUCAGCAGACUUCCAAUCAGCUGUGAUCUCACUUGCUGGAGAGCAGCAGGUCAAACUCAGUGUGGCCAUCUCUGCCUUGUAGCCCUAACCCAUCCAUCAACUCGUAUGUGAAAGCCAGCCAGAACAAUUAAUUUUAAUACUGUAGGUAGAAAAUGGGACUGUUAUUGGUAAUGGUCCCGUAAAAUGAUCUCAAUACAGCACCUCAACUAUCUACUCUAGUUAUUAUUACAUUUAGUAGAUCUGCUUCUGAGUAUUAACUAUUAAUUUAUUUGCUUAUGCCCAUGCUAUUUUGAAGUUUUAUUAUUUUAAGAGUUCCGGUUUACCAUCCUAUGUUGUUUCCAUUGUUUUCCUGUUGUUCCUGUAAAUUGCUACUGUCCCCAUUUUGCCACUGUCUACACAGACUUUUGGUUUUGCUAUCCAAAUGUGAGGCAAUGAAUUUGAUCACCUAAUAGUUAAAUUUAAAGUUAUAUUUCAUUCUGGUCUCCCAGUGUAAGUCAGUGUACAUUAAAUUUAAGAGCCACAUGCAUCCUGUACUUGUUCUGCCUUACUCAGAGAUUCAUCUGCUGCUAUGUACUUUCUUUACCCUUGCUACACAGUUAAUGGUCAGCAACUCAACUGGUGACCAUAUGCAGCAGAACUUGGUCCUGUAAGUGUGUUUUUUAGUAUAAAAUUAUUCAAUGGUAUCCUACAACACAUUUGAGAAGUGCAAGAGAUUUUUACAAAUGGUACAAAUAUUUUAACAUGAUCAUGCAAUGCUGACAAAUUACAUCAUGCAGUUGAUGCUAAGCCAUUCAUCCUUGCCAUGAUGUAAAAAGAGAAAGUGACGCCACUUUGAAUCCUCUAAAUAAAUGCAAACUAGCCUUUUGGAAUCAAAA